AUGUCCAAUGAAAUUGAAGUGGCUUCGACAGACUCGAAUGACUACACAAAUGGGGGCCUUUCUCUAGGAAAUUUGUCUCCUGGCAAAAACGUUGACAGUGAUAUAAAUAUGAAAGAUGAAGGACGUGCAACUGAAAUAGCAAAUAAUGAAAUGAAUGAAGUAACCGAAGAUGGAGACGAUAGUGAUUUUGGGUCAUUCGACGAGGCCUCAUAUGAUGAAGAUAUAGACAUGGGAGAAAGUGGCAUCAAAGAUUUGACGUAUGAGGAUAGAAUACGAUUCUCAGAAGGCACAAGUGACGAUUCUAAUUUUGAAGCAAAUAUUGCUAGACUAGUAGAUAAAUUGUUCAGCGGCAUUAAAGCCAUAGAUUCUAAUACUGGUAUCAAUGAGGACCUGAUUUUUGAUAAAUCAUCACAAAUGCUCUACGAUUUGUCGACUUUACCAAGAUUAAAGCCUCCGAAUUGGACUAGACUGAGUAUUCGACAUAAUCUAUUAAUUAAAUUAGGAAUACCUAUCAAUUUGGAUGAACUUGAACCUGGUAUAACACUGGAGCCUACUCACAUAAUACAGAGAAGAAAAAGAACUAUCACAGAAGAGGAUAUUGAUUGGAGUGGGUUCAGUAUACCAGAUAUUUCAUCAUUGCAUAUAUCUAACGACGACAAAAGGAAUUACAUUGAAUUGACACCGGAAAUCUUGUCGAAGAUUGAAACAGAUAGCUUGAAUAACUCAAGUAUACAGUUUUUGCAAGAGAUAAAGAACGAGGAGCUUUUGGACGAGAAGUUGAAUCAAUUUAAGAAGAAUUAUGACGAAUUGACAACAUUGAGUCUGAUAUGGAAUGAUCAUUUAAAAGAACUUACGAAAAACUUUGAAAUCUACGAGAGCGUGGUUCAAAAUUUUAUUGGGUACAGCCAAAGGUUAAGAAGAGAAGAGAUAUUUGAAAACCUUGAAAGGGUAAAGCAUAAACACAGAUUCAAGAAUAAGCGUCAUUGA